CCCAUGGCACGUUUGACACGCGAGGAGGAAGAUGGUCCGGCGCAGGCGGACAGAGGGCAGGAUAUUUCUGGAAACAACUGGUCCCUCACACGCUGCCUCUCUUACUAUUUCUGGUCUGAGCUCGGUUGUAGGGGCAGUUGGUGCUUCAAACAAACAUGGCGAGGCAGCAGGGCCAGCUCUUCUGCGAAGUCGGCCAGGGACGGGGGAUUCGGUGCGACAAGGCGUCCUCGGGAAUCGAACCAGGGACACUGAUUGUGAAAGAGGAGCCGUACGCUUAUACCCUGACUGAUGAAGAACUACUGCGCACUCGAUGCCACUAUUGUUUAAAAAGACUAGAAAAUUCUGUCAGAUGCGACGCCUGUCGGGCAGCUUUAUAUUGCAACGAAGAGUGCAAGAAAGCGGCCAGCUUCCAUCACCGUCCGGAGUGCCGCGGGUACAGCCGUCUGAUGGGCCUACCUGAACAUCUCCGAGUCAUGGGGCGGAUCCUCUACAAAAUGCAUGCUAGAAAGACGGACAUGGGAGCACUGGGACCGCUGAGCAGUCUGGUCUCCAAUAUCGAGACGUUAAAGAGCUGCGAGGAAGGAAUCGUCAGCCUCGACUCCAAAAUGGAUUCCCUGGCCCAACACAUGGAGAAGGACGCGUUACCAGACCGGGCCUUCAUGGAGGAGAUCUACGGCAAAAUUGCCUCCAACAGUUUUGCGAUUCUUGAUGAGAACAUGUGCUCUAUCGGGAUAGGAGUAUACCCGCAGGCCUCCAUGAUCAACCACAGCUGCCAGUCCAACUGUAUCGGCAUGUUCUACGGACCACAGAUACAGAUCCGGGCUAAUGAGUACAUCCGACCUGGAGAACAGAUAUUCCACGGCUACAUUCCGCCUCUGCUGCCCACCGCGAAGAGACAAGAGAAGCUCCUCAAAACGUACCACUUCCUCUGUCAGUGUGCAGACUGUCGGAACACCGACCGUGAUCGGCUCAUGCGGUGCGUUAAGUGUCCCGACUGUUCAGAAAGAGUCGCUCCUAAUGCAGACGGUGUGUAUGAGAAGUGCGAGGCUUGCGGCUUUGCGAAGUUUGAUGCAGACUUCUACGAGGAGAUGGACCUUCUCAUUGAGUACGCCGAGAACAUCCUAGACAAGGCACAGGCUGAGGACCGUGAAUACGACCUGUACUUCCUGGAGUCCUGUCUGGCCCAGGUGGACUUCACCCUCCACUCAGACAACGUCUACGUGAUUCGCCUUCUGAAGGACCUGGUGGAGGUGUGCGUGGAGCUCAGCCAAUGGGAGAAGGCCGUACAGUACGGGAAGAGGAUGGAGCCCGGAUACAAAAUGUUCCUGAAAAGAUAUGACCUUGACAAUGGCCUGCUGUACCAGAAGAUGGCAUUGGCGUAUUACAGACUGGGUGACCAAUCGUCAGCCCUGCCUUACCUGCGACUGGCCAAAGCAACGUUGACGAUCACCAGUGGAGAAGAGAGCGGCCUGGUGCAAGAGGUCAGUGACCUGCUGGCCGAGUGUGUGGCGAAUGAAAUCAACAGUCUGUUGGUGGAAUGUGGAUGUCCCAACAUGGACCAUUGAACACCGCACGUUCAGUGUAAUAAGUAUAGACUAGUGGCUACAUUGGUAAAGCGAAUCUUUAUCCUUUAGAAACACAUCUUUGCUGGGGGAAAAGACAGUCUUCACCAGUGAGCUGCUACCAUGGAUCAGGUUUAAGUACUAGUAUGUGUAAAAUAAUGAGGAAAGCAUUGUAUGAGCAGAUGACUUAUGGUAUAUUGCAAGGUGAUAGACUACCUGGUCAGGUACUCGUGAAGAUGCAUUGGAAGGCUCUUGAGUAAAAAUUCAUAUCUUCACUGUCAUAGACCUGGUACCAAUCACUUAUAUGAUCACUAAUAAUGGUUCUAGAUCUUAGUCAUCUAUAAUGUGUGAAAUGUAAGUAGCGUGGAGCUAUGAUAGAGUAAUGUAUUCUAAUUCAUAGAAUGUAAACCAGCAGCGUUUUUAGCACUAGUGUUUACUCGUAGUCGUAUAUCAAGUACAGGGUUAAAGGAGAAAUAUCUAAGACUCUGAACCUCCGGGAAGUAUAUAGCGCAUCUUGAAUGUUCACAACGACUUUUGGAUUUCACUGACAGCACAUUAACAACGUUGUAACUAGUAACGCUACAUAAUUGGAAUUAAGUUUCUUGUAUGUGUGUUUGUUUGUUUGUUUGUUUGUUUACUUUAUGAUAAAGUUGGCUAGCUAACAUUACACAUGCUGAAGUUUUAUCUCGCAAAUGUCUAAUAUGCAACUGAAAAAUUCUUCAGUUUAAUUUGUAUAAAUGGUGUGUUUUCCCUAGAUGAUUGAUUUUGUGAACACAAUUAGAUGACAGAAAUAUAGACAAAAAUCUCCUUAUUUAGCCACUCGUAUACGCCGGUCUAGGAAUGUUUGUCUCAAAGGAACCUAUGCUAGACUAAAACUGUUCUUUCCCGAUAAAUUCGUGAUAAUUAGGUAGUCGGGGUUAGCUUCAAGGUCAAGAACAAGAGCAGGAAAGACCUAAAGUAAAACCCCCAUAAGAGCCCAUCGCGU